AAAUUUAUUGGCGAAUAUGUUUGUAGCAGAGAACUGCAUUGAUCUCAUGGCAUUUACAUAAAAUGCACGAUGUUGCGAAAACCAACAAGGAAACAUUUCUAUGGCUGUUGAAUGAUUGCGCCAGUUUAGCUUGCAACGUGGUGUUGAUUGCAGCAAACAAUUUGCAGCGCGUGUUUUAAUUAAAAAUAAGAGUGGUCAAAAUAGGUCAACAACAGAGCAUAAGUUAUAACGCGCGGGCGUUGACAAAUUCAGGGCAAGAGCAGCAACAUCAAGAAUUGGCGCCGCCGUCGACAGCAGCUAAUAAUAAUAAUUCGCAAAUCUUGUCUGACGGCAUCAUAAAACAUAACUGUGAGUCAGCCAUGUCAACAACAACAACAACAAGAACGUCGACGGAAAUGCCAAUUGAUGGGCAGCGGUUUCCGCUGCAGCGGCAACAGAGGGCGCCACUUGCAUACAAUCCACAACAACAAUCGCAGCAGCAACAUGUGAAGAAACAUGUGAUGUUGGUGCCAGGAAAAUUUCCAUUGGAACAGGCAGUGAAAGCUAAUAGAUUUCCCAUGCAGCAACCACAACAACAACAACAACAUCGACAGCAACAGCUGAGCAACCUCAGCCAUUGCCCAACCACACUGCGAUUUCCCCUCGAAGUGAAUCAUUUGUCUGUGGGCCAAAGAUUCCCACUGAUGUGCCAAUUACCCAAGAAGAAUCUCAAUUAUUCGAUUAAAAUAACACGCGAUUGUGGGUGCCGAACCCCCUUGGCUAUGGCUAUGUCAAGGACGCCCAAAGAAUUUCCCACAAUUAAAAAACAAUUUGUCAGUUUUCCCAAUAAUCAGCAGACGCAAUCGCAGCCGCAGCCGCAGCCACAGCAAACCUGUAAGAGUUUGGCAAAAGGCAAAGCUGUUGCCAAUGCUGGGCAUGGAAAUUGUCAAGAGAAAGAGACACGAACGGAUGUGGAUGUAGAUUUAGAUGUGUGUGUGUUGGCCACACCAGCAACAAUGACGCAGAUGAGCCACAAUCCGAAUACCAAAAUAGACAUGGACCCGACACGGACAGUUGAGACUGAGAAUGAUGAUGAUGAUGUGAAUGUUGUUUCGUUUGAUGUACAUAAGGCGACGAGUGAUAAUGAACUUAGUGCUCAUGAACAAACAUUAAACUUGAACGUGGUAGAAGCAGAAACAGCAAUAGCAGAACCCGAAACUGAAGGCGUUGGCGAGCGAAAGGAAAUUGAGCAUCAACAGGCGGAAAAUUUUAAUGACGCCUUUGGGCGGCGACACCACAACGAGAACGACAACGACAACAACAACAAUAAUAACAACAGUGAGAAAAACAACGCCGACGAUGGCAACGCAGGCGAAGGCGAAGGCAACGCCGACGACAACGACGACGACGCCAUGAAUGCUAUUUCAGCCAAAAAUAAACGCGAAAUAUGCGAGCAAAGCAAAUUAGAGACGACGGCGGCAACUCAUAAUGAGAUAAAUAUGACUAAAGAGCAGCAGUCAAUAUGCUUAGCCAGUGAGCACGCCAGGCAAAUUCAAACAAUAGCCUACACAGAGCAGGCAACAACAGCUGCCUCCCACAAUCGUCCGUCAGACGCGCGCGGAUCGUCGUCAGAGCAAGUGGAUGGUCAGCAACGGCAGCAAGAAAUCAACGUUUGCCAGCCUGUCGUCAAAUCCAACCCACCCAUCACAAUCGUAACCCAAAACGCUUCACAAGCAGCGCCGUCGUCGUCGUCGUUGUUGCCAUCGUCGUCGUCGGGGCAUCCAAGUAUAGAAUUCUUCAAGUGUGCGGUACACGAAUUGUUAGAGGAAGGCGCCAGCAGCCGUGUUUCGCUUAUAGAUCGUGAUUUGUUUGAUCUUCUCAGUGAGCUGGUGCAAUUGCUUGCCACGCCUACAAAUACGGGUCUGUUUUGGAGCGAGCCGUUGCUUGAGCAGGUGGUCAGUGAAUGUGUGGACAUGACUGUGAGCAAAGUGAGUGACGAUAGUGAGACAACAACAGCCAACGUUGUUGAUAUUUAUACCGAACAAAUUGAGCAACAGCCACUUGAGCUGGAUGAUAACCAAAAUAACAAUAAUAACAGCAAUCAGACCGACAUGAAGUACGAAACUUUAAGGAGCAGUUCGCGUUUGCCGGAAUCGCUUUCGAGUAGUCGUUUGUCCAGCGCAGCAGCAGCAACAUCAGUUACACCAACAGCAGCAGCAACGAGUCGUAUACGUGAUACAGCCUCUACUGCAUCGAGUCGUAUACGCGAUACUGCUAGCGCAAUCACUCCUGCAACGAGUCGUAUACGUGAUGUGACCACACCACUAAGUUCCACUGCAACGAGUCGUAUACGUGAUGCAACUGGACCAGCUCUUUCAACUACCUCAAGUCGUAUACGUGAUACGACUACUCCAAUUACUGCAGCCGCAACGAGUCGUCUACGCGAUACAACACCCACAUCGACUUCAGCUACAACGAGUCGUAUACGUGAUGUACCGACGGCAGUCACAACGCGUCCGCUUUUAAGCGAACUGAAGCGCAACUCGACCAGCCGCGAUGAUCUUUCCCUUGAUCCUGACUCCGUGUUGCCGGAACGCACUCGCUUGCGUCGCCAACGUCGCAUGCGUUCACAGGAUUCGGUUGUGGAAAAACCCGAGGAUGUCGUUGAACGCAUCAACAAACUCAAGGCACGCAUCUCAGCCUCACUGAGUGAGGUCAAGAACGUAAUCAAACAGUACAGCACAGAGAGCGAGGCUGAGGCAGCCGGCGAGAAGUGGCUGGGACCACCAACAACAGCGGUGGCCAAAGUGGAGACUGAACCGGUAGCCGAGCAGCCUGUGCAGUUUCGCUUUGUGAAGAAGGUGCGCAGACGCAGCUACUUCGAUGAGGCAGAAGAGGAAAAAGAGCAAGCUAUGGAGGUGGAGAAAAGCGAUAAAGAAACCGUGCCACAAUGCGAAGAUAAUAAGCUAACAAAAGAAAAGGAAGUAAAUGAAAUCAAAGAAGAGAAGCUGCAGGAUAAAUCAAAAGCAGCUAGUGAAUUAUCUAAAAGUCACGACGAACAGCAACAUAAGAAACAAGCAGAGGUUUCAACACCAAUUGAGCCAAAGGAAAAAUGUAACAAAAAUGUAUCAAGUGACGCUGCCGAACCAAAAAUAUCUACCGAUAAGGAAGAGCAGAACAAAAUUCAAGAAACAGUCCAAGAGAAGCAAAAGAAUCUUAUAGAAAUAAAGCACUCAAAUAAAUCUGAAAAAGAAGCGCAGCCAAUAGCAAAGGAAUCUACCGAAGCCAUAGUAAAAGAAAACCAAAAUAAAUUAAUCGAUGUCAAAGAAGAGAAAAAGCCAACUAAUGCAGAAGAAAAGAAGCCACAAACAACAGAGAGUAAACAAUCGCAUAACAAGCAGGAAGAGCAAAAGCAACCGACAACAGUUAAACAAAAUCAAGAGCAGGAGCAGCAACCUCAAAAGGCACUAGUCAAUGGAGAGUUGCCGAAGGAAAAGGACAAAGUGCAGUCGAAAAUUGAGUUCCUGGCAAAGGUGCAAAGCGAACUCAAAGCAAAACCAAAACCAAAAGAAUUGUCCACUAUUAAAGAGCAGCCUCAAGAAGCAACGACUGAAGCAGCAGCAACAACAGAAACAACACCAGCAAUAUCAGAGUCAAAAGCAGCAAAAACAAGUGUAAAAGUAACAGCAACAACCCCAGUAGUAGCAACAGCUACUACGACAACUACAUCUACAGCACCAACACCAAUUACAGCACCACCAACAGCAGCAGCAGCAGCAACAACUAAGCAACCCGUUGAAGCUGUUGAAGCAACUCCACAGACCGCAGCACUGCCCAAAGAAUCAGCAACGCAACCUGCGAAUUUAGAAGACAAAAAAGUAGCAGCAAAUAAAAUCGAAACACCCGCAACUGUUAUACACAAAAAGAAAACCACUAUGAAAGUAAAAAAUCCACGACGUGCAUCGAUUGCGGCCGUAGAGCAAUCAAAGAUUGUGCCAGAGGCCGUGCAGAGCGAUGCACUGACACAAAGACGACCCUCCGAUUCGGAAGCGAUUGUCAAGCGCAAGAAGAAGCAGAAAUUAACGAGCAGCGUGGCAAAUGCGACAACUUCCGGCAGCAGCAACCAAACGCCCGCAGCAACAUCAACAGCAAAAACGCCACAGUUGCAGCAACAGUCACAGCAGCAGCAGACAACGGCGACGGCAACAAAUGAACAGCUUGUAGCUGCAAAGGUCGAGAGCCAUGAAAGCACUGCCAAACGCGUAACAAAACCAACUGCCAAAAGCGUUGAAGGCGACGAACAGAAGACAGCAGCAGCAAUCACAGCGCCAGCAGCAACUGUAACAGCAACCACAAUAGCAGCAACAAUAGCAACCACAACAGCAACAGCAACCACAACAGCAGCAGCAACUACAACAGCAGCUGAAGCGACAACAGUAGCAGCAACCACAGCAGCAGCAAGUGAAGCGACAGCAGCAACAAUAGCAACAGCAACUGAGGCGGCGCCAAAACAAUUGCCAAUCGAUGUGAUUGCCAAUAAAGCGCCAACCAGCGGAUCGAGCAGACGCGCCAGCCUGAAACUAGCGGAGUUAGUUGGUGAAACGGUGCUGGUGGUGCCCGCAUCAGCAGCAGCAGCAACCACACAGGACUUGAGCACAGCAACCACAACAGUAGCAGCAACAACAACAGCCCCAACAACUGCAAUUGCAACUGCAACCACAACAACAACAACAGCAACUGAAGCGAUAAUUGGUCAGUCCAAAGAACCCAUUAAUCAGUCAGAGAUAAUUAUCCCGGCGACUGCGACGCCCAAACAGGUGGUCGUUGCCAGUGGUGACAUUGAAGUCGCCCCCGUUGUGGAUGUUGUUGUCGUUUCACCGACGCCACAAAUAGCAGCGACAUUGAGCGAAGUGCGGCACAACGACGACGACGUCGAGAACGAGUCAUCGCCACAAAAACAUCAACACGAUCAAAAACAAACUGAACAACAACAAACUGUACAACAACAACAAGAUCAAGAGCAUUCACAACUACUAGUGGAAGCUACAAAAGACAACGCAGCGGAUCAGACCGACGACAGUCUAGCCACCAUGCCGGAGCUGAAAGUACUCGCCGGGCCCGUGCAGCCCGUUAAGAUUGAAACCGUCGAGCAGCCUCACGAUGAAUCCGAUUUGUCGGUGGUCAAAAAGAAGUCACCGCAUCUCAAAAAACUCGUGCGCAAAAGUUCCAUUGAUAAGGGCAAGGAAAAAGUACCAAGUGAUCCGAGUAACAACAAGCUGAGCAACAUACUCAAGGAUAAAAACAAGAUCAGCAAUCUAACCGACAGACUCGCGAAGCUCACACCGCCCAAAAAACAAACCAAGCCCAAGGAACAGUCGUCAACAACAGUUGCAGACACCACACAAGAACAACAGGAGAAUGUUGAAAUUCCGGAGCAAAAAGGUGAAAACGAAGUGGAAGCCGAAGCGGAGCCGGAACCGGAACCAGAGCCAGUUGUUGAACCCACGCCUAAGCCAAAGAAGCCGCGACAGAUCAAAAAGAAAGUGAUCAUCAAGCGACAGCAACGACGUCUCUCCAUCGGCGACACAUUCUUCAUACAACAGGAACCCGAGGAGCCCAAGGUGCCCGAAAUCGAAACCAUCGAGAAGGCAAUUGCCUAUGUGACCGACGAUGAGGAGGAUCUUGAACCGCUGCCAGAACAAGAGCCAGCAAAGCCACUGAAAUCCUGCCUACAUGUGCGCGAAUACAAAAUUGGUGAUUUGAUACUCUAUGCGGAGCGUUAUCGCAAGACGCAAGUGCGCUGGAAACGUGGACGUGUCUUGGAGCGCAUCACGAGCAUUUCGUAUAAGCUUGAGAUCGAGGGCAAGGAAGUGCCGGCCCACAUCAGCUACAUAAAGAAGUACACGGGUCGCAAGGUCAAAUUCGUGGGCAAAGAAUAUCUAGACAUUGACUACGAGCAAGUAGUUGAGGAGGAGCGACGUGCACGCAGCUACAGCAUAUGGAAUAUGGUCUAAAAUAAAAACGGACUCAACUUUAAUCUGGAAAGUGUCUCCUCUGUGUACCCAAGAGAAAUGUGAUCGUCGCCCCUUGAGUGGAAUUAAAGAGUUCCAUUGGUAAAAUGUGAAUUUUUUAAGGAUCUCGAAUAAUGACAUUCAGUUAUUGUAUAGUGUUUGUCUCUAUAGCUAGUUAGUUACUAUAUAAUGGAUUAUAUAGUUGUACCACCUAAUUUAUGAUUACCAAAUCUGUGUAGUUUAGUUAUCCUAGUGUUUAGAUUUAUGUAUAUAUUAGCUGUAUGUAUGUAUGUAAUUUGUAAAAUUAUUCCAAAGAAUUCAGCAACUCGCUCGUUUUCGCUAAACACACAAAAUAAUGAAAACGAACUGUCGUUGCUCGCUGCUAAAGUGACGAGUAGAAGAAGUAACGAAUUUGUUAUAAAAUUUCACGUUGCCUUUCGUUUUAACAGUUUAGUUUACAUUCUAAGCAAAUUAAUUGUUAAAUAAAGAUUUGA